UAAAACCCAAUUGUACGCUGUGCUAUCUGGGUAUAGUGCGUGAAUUAUUUGUUUUUUUUAUAAAAAAACUUUGGACUCUUAAACAUCACCAACUUUAUAACAGUCACCUGUAAAAGAUUUAUAAUCGAUUGCAUACAUCCAUUGUUUUAAUUAUUAACUAAACUGAGCUGAGUUUAUAACAGCUACAAUAUCAAGGGUUUCGAUAUUUUGGUAUCAUUGUAUAUAAUUGUAUAAAUAACUACCGUCGUAGGUGAAAAUAAGUUGAUUUGAGUGAAACAUGCAAACAAAAAUCUAAUUGAAGUCAUCAUUCGAUCACAUUAUUCACUCAUUCAGCAGUUGGUGAAUUUUGAUUUCACUUGGGCAAGACUCCAAGACGUCAAAUUUUGAGGUUAUACUUUACGAGUUGUUAUUUACUUGUAAAAGCUUGUAAACAAUGUCGGACGAUGAUGAUCCAGUGUUUGUCAAGAAAAUGAAAACUGUGCAUUAUGGGUCUCUCGAGGAUGCGGAAAGAGCUCGAUUGGCAGCAGGAGAUGACAUAGAGGAUGACAAAGAAGAUAGCCAAAAUGAAUCAGGACUCUUGGCCAACGUCCAUGUCUCCAAUGACUACAUGGACUUGGAGGAUGAGAUGUCAAAAGACAGACAAGCUUUACUGGAGGAGUUUGAACGUCGAAAGAAAGCGAGACAAAUAAAUGUUUCUACAGACGACUCUGAGGUAAAAAAAAAUCUUCGGCAAUUAGGAGAACCAAUCUGUCUAUUUGGCGAAGGCCCUGCUGACAGGAGAGCACGAUUGAGAGAAUUAUUGGCAAGUUUAGGAGAAGAUGCAAUUAAAAAGAAACAUGAUGAGGAGGAAAGACCUACGCAUCCUGUAGAAAGGGAUACCGAAACGACAUGGUAUCACGAGGGACCCGAUUCGCUGGAAAUUGCUCGUACCUGGAUUGCUCAUUACUCGUUACCAAGGGCCAAGCUACGAUUGGAUAAUGCUAGAGAAGAGUUGGCAUUAUCUGGAGCUACACGAACGGCCAAGAGACAAGAAUUGUUGAAAAAACUCCAGGCGUUGACAAUUUACUGUUCACAAAUCGGAGAUACAAGGCCCAUUUCUUAUUGUCAAUUUAGUCCUGAUUCGAAGCUUUUAGCGACUUCAUCGUGGUCGGGGUUGUGUAAACUCUGGUCGGUACCUGAUUGUACACAGGUGAGGACGCUAAAAGGACAUGCUUGUAAUGUUGGGUGCAUUAUUUUCCAUCCUAAGGCUACGAUCACUGAUGAAGUCCUGGGGGAUAAGCCUGGGCAUACUUGUGUAAUGGCCAGCUGUGCUAGUGAUGGGACUGUCAAGCUUUGGGGAGGCGGAAGAGGGGAAGAGCCUUUAGCCGAAGUAGAGGGCCAUGAACCGAACCGAGUUUCAAAAUUGGCAUUCCAUCCGUCUGGGAGGUUUCUGGGUACUUGUUGCCAUGAUGCAUCUUGGAGAUUAUGGGAUUUGGAGCAGCAAGCAGAAGUGCUACAUCAGGAAGGUCAUGCUAGGGCUGUCCAUUGCAUUAGUUUCCAAACGGACGGAAGUGUAGCAGCUACUGGCAGUCACGAUUCUUUCGGUCGUGUAUGGGAUCUACGGACGGGUAGAUGCAUCAUGUUCAUGGAGGGGCACCUAAAAUCCAUAUUUGGAAUCGAAUUUUCCCCGAACGGAUUUCAUAUCGCGACAGCUAGUGAAGAUAAUUCUUGCAAGAUAUGGGACUUGAGAAAACGCACAUGCAUUUACACUAUUCCAGCGCACACCAAUCUUCUCUCAGAUGUGAAAUAUCAGCGUGGCGAUGGCCAGUAUCUAGUCACGGCGUCGUACGAUAAUACAGCUAAAAUAUGGUCCAACAAAACAUGGCAACCUCUCAAAACUCUGCCUGGUCAUGAUGGAAGAAUCAUGUCAGCAGAUGUUUCAUCCGACAACAAAUUCAUUGUAACAAGCUCAUAUGACAGAACAUUUAAACUCUGGGCACCAGAAAUAUGUUAGAGUGUUUAAAAAGUAUCUAAUCUAACAUGUUCGAAACGAAAAAAUGAAUAGGUUCCAACUACAAAAUAUACUUGAAUAUUUUUAUUA